GCGUUCAAAUUUUAAAAAACUGUCGUUGACAACGGACGUGCUUGUGCUUGUCUCUGCUGUUGUUUUGCCGGAAAACGGAAAACCAAGUGCAAAGUAGUGUGCCACCGCCAGGAUCUUCAUUCGGCGCCCGCAAUCAAACUGUCUUUUUUUUUGUGUGUAAAAUGCAAUACGCGAAAAAUAGAUAACGCAACAAUAAAAUUAUAGUUCAAGUGCAAAAAAUAAAAAAAAAAAAACAUCUAAUUUCAAACGCAAUUCAAUCCCCCACCACCCGUAAAACCGUAACAAUCAAAAGAAAGAAAAAGAGAAUUUUGUCGUCUUGUCCAGUGGAAACGAAUCAUCAAGUCCGAAAACAACAAAUAUAGUUCAAUCAGAAGGCUGGGAGAAAAAAAAAAAACAACAAAACUAUAGAAAUAGCAACAAGGACAAAUAAACAGCAGGAGACGCAGCAGCGCAGGCCCCCAACAACAAAAUGUCUGCCACAAUAGUGCAGAAAUCGACAGCAACAGUCGGCAAUUCGCAUUACUUUGAAUGCGGCGACUUAUUCCAGACGGUGGCCAGCGAUCAUCACCAGCCGCAGCAGCACCAGCAACAGCAGCAGCAGCAGCUUCAGCUUCAGCAGCAGACCGCGGAUCAGCUCGUCCUGGAUAUCAACAUGGAGCAGUCACAGUCACAGCAGCACCGCCUCCAUGGUGCCCUCACACGCACCAUCUCACAGCCGGCUCAACAGCGCCACCCUUUGCACCAGCAGCAGCAGCAGAUGCAACAGCAACAGAUCCAACAACAACAACAGCAGCAUCAACAGCAGCAGCAGCAGCCGCAGGGUGUUGCCUCCCUGGUGACGAUCAUUGAGAAUCUGGGGAACAUGAAUCUGCACCGCAAGCUCGAGCGCACACAGUCCGAGCCGCUGCCCCAGCAGCCCAUGAACAUAUCUCGCUACAAGACGGAGCUCUGCCGCCCGUUCGAGGAGGCCGGCGAGUGCAAGUACGGAGAGAAGUGCCAGUUCGCGCACGGCUUCCACGAGCUGCGCAACCUGCAGCGCCAUCCCAAGUACAAGACGGAGUACUGUCGCACAUUCCAUAGCGUCGGAUUCUGCCCCUACGGGCCGCGCUGCCACUUUGUGCACAACGCAGACGAGGCCCGCGCCCAGCAGCAGGCCGCAGCCCAGGCGGCUAAGUCGGGACAGCAGCAGCAACAGCAACAGCAGCAGCAAGGACAGGGACAGGGACAACAACAGCAGCAGCCGCAGCAGCAGCAGCAGCAGCAGCAGCAGGGCUUCCAGAAGCCAUCACAGCUCGGAAGCCAGACGAGCAUCAGUCAGAGCAUCAGCAUCAGCCAGAGCCCAUUCUUCAUGCCGCUGAGCCCGCCGCUGAGCAUGAGCACCGGCUCGGACCGGGAGUCGCCCACCGGGUCGCUGUCGCUCAGCCCGACCAACUCGCUGACGAGCUUCCCCUUUCACGAUGCCAUGCCGCUGCAGCACGGCGGCUACCUCUGCAUGGCCGUUGGCUCCUCUGGCGGCAAGCACGGCACCGGCGGCGGCAGCUCCGCCUCAUCCACAUCCUCUUCCUCGGGCCUGGGACUGGGUCUGGGCAUGGCCAUGGCCAUGGGACCGGCCACGCCGCCAGAAAGCCCCAAUGUGCCCAUCUCGCCGGUGCAAACACCACCACCGUACGAGCCCAGCACCCCGAGCAGCAGCAGCAGCAGCAGCAUGAGCGGCGGCAGCGGAAGUGGCAGCGGAAGCGGAAUGGGAGGACAGGCCAAGCAGGUGCUGCAAAAGAGCAUGAGCACGCCGAUGCAGCAGGAGGAGAUGCCGCGUCUGCCCGUCUUCAACCGACUGAGCUCCGCCGUGGAGGAAUACCAGCAGAAGCUGCAGUCCAUCCUGCUGCCCUAAGCAGCACCAGCACCAAGUGCCUACACUCACCCUCGCCCCAAAAAACAAUCAUCCAACAACACUGUCCCGCAUCCAUCUAAUCAUUCAAUCAGUCACCAACAGCAACCUUGACAAAAUCUCAACAACGACUACUCCGAACCAUUGUAGACUUGAUCCCCUGGCUGCUCCCUGAUUGCCCGGGAUAAACUUCGCAGCCACCUAUCCACCAGGACUUAAAAAUUCCCCCUAACCUAAUUCCUAAUCCAAACAAUCAAGCAACAACGAUGAUCUUGACCAACGAACAGCACAGCAAUGUACUCUUCUUGCAACUGCAGCACAAAGAGCUGCAGAGUGUUGCUCAAAAACACACCACAAAACAAAAGAAAACAAAGACAAUUGAAACGAAAUCUGAUCUUAGAGCACACAAACAUUUGUAUACAUGCACGCGACUGUAUACAGAUCCUUGGGUCUUGCAUUUAUAGGACCUAUUCGCGGGGACCUUACCGCACACACCCAUUAGAACCCAGGCAAUUUCCAAAUUGCUCUUGUUUAAUAUUUAUGCAAACAAUUUGACUAGUUUUUAUAUGCGAUCGAUCGUAUUUGAGAAUCGAUUAUCAAUCGAUCCGAUUAAUGUAACGAAAAUCCAAAACAUAUAUAUUCAAAUAUAUAUGUACACGCAUGUGCAUAUACAUGUAUAUAUAUAUAUAUAUAUAUAUUUAUAUAUUCGAUAUUUAACGUUGGACCGUAACGUUGUCUUCCAAUCCAAUCCAAAACGGAUCGUCGAGAGCCGAUAAGGUUCUUUAAUUUAUUAUCCUGCUAAAUUAUGUAGUAGCAACGUUGUGUACAUAUGCGAUAUGAGUUGAUAUUUCUUGAUAAACUUUAUAUAAAUUAUACAAUACUUACAUUUACGAGACUACGAUAAUGAUUACGAUAAUGAUAUAACGAUAACGCCAAUGCCAAUCCACUGGCUAUCGCUAUUAUCGAUGAUAUACCUCUUGCAGUCCACUGCAAUGCAACAAAACAAAACAAAAAAACAAAGCAAAACAAAAACAAAAACGAAAAGACCCAACCCCAAUCACAAUCACAAUUAAAAGAAAAGACAAACAAGAACAGAACCGAACAGAAACCUGUCGAUUGUUCAUCAAAAGACUAUCGAUAUCGAACGAACACUACUCUCGAUUCGAUUCGAUUCAUGUUAAUGAUAUCUUAUUGAUAAAUUUUUGUGACGCGAACGGAAAUGCUGAUUUUUUAGACACACAUAAUUUAUUUUCACAUAAAUAUACAUACCAGAUAUUUUAUAUGCGAUUAAUGUUAAUAAUUUAUGAAACCAACCCGCUCACACAUACAACAGAUUUAUACACACAAACACACAUACACUUACACACAGAACACGGACACACACACACACUCACACAACA